GAUGGGUUGGUUUCUUGGCUUUGUUUUGGGUUCUGUCCAAAUCCGAAUGAUCGCGCUCGACGAUAUUUCCUCCAGUCUCUUUGAGGCGAGAUGUAGACAACACCUUCUGGGUAGUUCUUGCUCCUGCCCGCUACCAUGACGCUCCAUGCUGUCAGCUUUUCAACCUUGCCGAUAGUCAAGGCUCAUCUUCUCGUGAACUGCGUCUUGGUUCUCUUCGCAGUCCUCAUAGUCACACUCCGUUUCUUCGCACGCUUCUCCUCGGGAGCUAAGUUGUGGUGGGAUGAUCUCCUCAUUCUCCUUGCGGUGCCUCAGGGCAUCGGGAUGUUGGUAAUCCAAGGCUUAUGGUCGCCCAUGGGUAUCGGUUACCCGAUCACAGACACCCUUCCAAAUAUCGUCAUUAUCCUUAAGCUUCUAGUUGCCUACGAGUUCAUAUUCGCGACAUGUAUCAGCACCAUCAAACUCAGCGUCAUGUUCUUCUACCUUCGAGUCUUUGUCAACCCAGGACUCCGAACCGCGACAAAAUUCGCAAUGGGCUUUGUUAUGGUCUGGACAACGGCCAACAUCCUGCAAGUCUUCUUGAUAUGCCAUCCAUUCGAGGCAACAUAUAAUCCAGCCGUCACGGGCAAGUGUGGGAAUCAGAUAGCAUCGUUCAUCGCCAUCGGUGCCUUCAAUGUCAUUACAGACAUCAUGAUUUUGACAUUGCCGAUAUCGACUGUCUGGGCACUCAAGAUGAGUACGCCGGCCAAACUUGGUAUCAUUGCCGUCUUCUCAACAGGCCUGAUAGUCAGCGUAGUUGCCAUCAUCCGCAUUGUCAGUCUCACCAACCUCGAUCUCCAGAAUUUGACUGAAACAAUGAUAUGGGCCGACUUUUGGUCGACCUUGGAGCCAAAUUUGGGUAUCAUAUGCGUUAGCAUGCCGAUGCUGGGAUCACUGUACUCGCGGUGCACAGCUAGGCGGGGUGCUUCAAAGCUCGACGGGCCUUCGGACGCCAGCGGCUACAACAAUUCGAAUAAGUUCAGACGAUCGCAUCCAAGCGCAUCUGAUACUGUCGUUUUGUCUACCAUAUACUCUCCGGAAAACGAUGUACACUAUAGGUCAGAGGUUGCUUCGUUCGGACGUAACGGAAAGAACGAUGAUAGUGGGGAUGACUUCGAGUCACGCUUGACCCCUGAACAAGAGCUUUUGGGCAGAGAUAAAGUUAUACAGGCCUCGGUAACGGUUACCCAAUUAGGAAAACCGGACCCGACGCCGACUAGCACGGGCCGUGUCUGCGUGGCCGUUCGACUCGUCUUUGCCAUGACGUCUCGCGACGGCCCCGAGAUUUUACAAAUUUUCGGCUUCCUUCUUUCUACUUUCGUCUUCUUUCGGAAAUCCAGCCCGUAUUGGACGACGAUUUUACCGAAUAUGCCCAGUAACGCCUCAAGUUCUAGAACCCACAAGUCGUGCGAUGCAUGCACGUCGCGCAAAGUUCGAUGUCCAGGCCCAGGGUCAUCUGGAACUUGUACCAAUUGCACAAGAAGGAAGAGUGAGUGCGUUUUCGGCGUAAGAAAACUGGCCCGCAGACCAAACAUUCAAAGACAAUUUUUUCCUACCAGCCGAUCUUCCGGCACGCCUGAUGAGAUACAACAAGGGUGCACCGUAUCGGUUUUAGACUUCGCAACACUGCCAACACCGGCAUCCAAGUCACCGGAUCCGACAAUCUCGGAGAAAUCAUCCACUCCCGAUCCAAAUGCCCGACGGCCCGCUCCGCACCGAAUUCCGGAACUCUACGUGGAUCGAGUACUUGAUAGAGCCCGUAAAGCUCCGAGAUCAACUAGGCCUGCCGAAGCCUCCAACUAUGUCAAAGGCUAUGGUAUUUUUGGUGGCACAAAGAAUUUGACCUUCUUUUCUGAAGGGAGAUUGAAAUCCCUCGCACAAUGCCUCGGUCAUGAGAAAGUUCAUGAACUCGUCGGGCGAAUUGCAAGCGCUGUUGAGGAACGCGGAAGGUUCGUCAAACUUCGUGCUUGUAGUUUGAAUCGUCAACCUGAGCGCCCGGCUUGCCUUGACGACAAAGCUCUUCUCGCAAAGUAUGUCAAAUUAUAUUUUGAGCAAGUACACCCUCGGUUCCCGUUCCUUGACCGCGACGCAUUCGAAAGGACUGCUUUUAGUCAAGAUCAGCCUCACUCUGCACCCAAAAGCAAGUCAUGGAUAUGCCUCUAUCAUUCCGUUCUGGCUCUUGGUUGUCAAUACGACGGUGGUGGGUCUUUCGAGCCUGGGGAAGGUGAUGCAUGGAAGUUCUUCUCCAUCGCUCUAGCCAACUUUGCCGAUUUGAUCAUGCUACCAGACACUCUUACAACUUUCCAAGCUGUGGUAGCAAUGAUGAUAUACUCGCUUGGUAUUGCUGGGAUCGUGCUGGAGCACGUCCUCAUGUCAGAAGCUGCUCGGCGAGCACAGAACCUCGCCGACGCGAAGUUUGUUGGAGCCGCAGCAGACGCAUUCCGGCGGACCUUUUGGGUCUUCUACUCUUUGGAAAAGAUCAACAGCUUCCAUCAUGGUAGAUCAUCUGCAAUCAUGGACUGCGAUAUAUCCUGUUCCGUUCCAUCCACACCCGAAUCCUUCUUCUCUGGCGGCUUCGAUUGGUUUCUGUGUUUCGUCAGCCACGCGCGUCUGCUAUCCCGGGCAAACACGUCACUCUUCUCUGUUGGCGUAUCCGACAAUCCCGGGGAGUACCACCUGGACAUCAUCGAUCAGCUUCUAGACGAGCUCGAAGAUUGGAGGAACUCACUGCCGGACAACGGCUUCAGGCCAGGUGGCUGGGUCAAACCUCACUCAAUCGUUGAAGACCAAGAGCGUACAGUUGCUCUAGUCACUCAUUUUCUCUACUACAGUUUCCUCCUCACGAUCUCUCGAAUGGCUUUGAGGUACUUGCCAGUGUCAGAGAACUCUACAGACUGUUCUCGUCGAGAUGACACUCUGAACACCGUAGAGCACAGCGCUCGUUCCUUGCUAGAAUUGAUCUCGAUAAUAGACAUGUCACCUUACACCCCCAUGUGGAUGAUGGCAACAAUUCCCAUCAUGGCUUUUUUUGUCUUAUUCGAUCUCGUCAUUCAUAAUCCUCGGCAAAUUCAUACAGCAACCAACUUGGCGUUGCUUGACGUGGUAAAGGGCCACUGCAGCCGUAUGGAAAUGAUCUCGAAUGGUGCGAUACCAGGAUCCAUGGUUGGCGAGUUUGCACAGAUCGCUCGAAGUUAUGUAAACGAGGUCAACGGACGGAGUCCAACCGGCCUUACACCACAUGCGCCAUCUGAAGCAUUCCAGGCACUCUCUACGCAGCCUCAAUGGUCACUACCCCAGCAACCCGAUUAUGACGUCGCUUCAACGGACAUUCACACGGACUUCUCGACGAUGAACUUGGCCUCUAAUUCGACUAUGACGGGAUGUAUGGAUAUUGAAGCACCCGCCGUUGUCCCCAGUCCGCUCAUCGGAACUGACGUAAUGAAUCUCUUCGAAGGCUGGGUCCCCGACCUGGAUCCCAUGUUCUUCCACACUAUGAGCGCUCAGAACAACAUGGACCAAUCGACAUCUCAGCAUGAAUUCCCGAUUUCCUCGGAUCCAUUAUAUGGACAUCCCUCUUGA